UCCAGAGAGAGAGAGAGAGAGAGAGAGAGAAUCAUAUACACUGAGAAUCUGUGUAUGUCCUUGCUUGCAUUGAGGAGAGACGGAGAGUCUAUAUACACUGAGAUUCGUGUAUGUCCUUGCUUCCACUGACAUUUUCCUCAGCUCUGGAAUAUGUAUUUCUUUCUCCGUUUUCAGGGUGUCUUUAUGGUACUAGGAGCUCUUUGGAUGCCUGGUUCGAUGAAAUGGCAUUUUCCUGAAACCUGAUGAAGUAUUGAGGUGAUUCCUUCAAGUGUUUUAAGAAACAUGGCCAGCAAAACCACUAAAGUACGGUUUGUUUAUUGUCCGAAAUGUCGGAAGCUUCUAACAGAGUUGAGCGAUAUUCCUGUUUACAAGUGUGGUGGAUGUGGUACCGUUCUCAAAGCGAAAUAUCACAGAGAUGAUGCUGAAGGCGGCACCUCUGAAACACUUGAAGAGAAUCUCAUACAGAAGAAUGAAGCCGAGCAUAAUUCUGAAGAUAAUGAUUCUAUCUCCUCGAGUGAGCAAGUGAAUAUUUGCUCACCAGAUGCAUAUAUUUCAGAUGUGGACAGGGGCAGAAAGCUAAUUGAAUCUAGUGAUCAUGAAAAGAAUUUGGAGGAUGGAAGAAUUUUGAAUCCAAAUGCGCUUGCUUUUUUAGUCGACCUUUAUUGUCAUGGGAAGAAAGACACACCAGAGAGUGCAGAAAAUGGAGAAGGGAACGGAGGUAGAGGUUCUAACAUCAGAAGCCCAAGGCCCAAUGGUCAACAUUCUUUCAAGGGAAGGAGCUCAAAGUGUAUGGCUCAGAUUCAACCAAACCACAGGAUUCAAUCUAAGGCAGAUAACUCUUUGAGUGGACAGGAGAGAAUAUCUCUGCAGCUCAGUCGAUCCGAUUCUGACCAUGUAAGGAGUUACCGAGAUAAAAUGGAAGAAAACACAGGGUCCAUUGGCCACAGCCCUACUUCAGGGGAGGGUAUGGCUGAUCUGAAACUUGUUGGUACAAAUGGAGAUCUUUCAAAGUCUCGAACAACCAGAAUCUCUCAUGCCUAUGGUUGCAGUAUCUCUACUUUUGGCGAUGGCUGCAAUGAUCAUGGCCUCCAUCCAUGGCCUCUCCUGUCGAAAAGAGCUCUGUUUAAACCCCAAAGGCUUGUGGGGUCUGUCAAUACUAAAGGGAAGCCAACAAGGGAUGAUGUGUUCUUGAAUAAUAAGAUGGGUUUGAAUUUGGGAAUGCAAUCUCAAGAAAGGAUGCUUUUGUCAAUUUCAUCGAAAGAGAAUAAUGGCCCACCUAUUGGGGGCAGUAUUCACCCAAAUCAAUGUGAACCAUCAAAACCUACCAGAUAUGGGCAUCCAGCACGAGAGCAAGGAAAUAUGCAUGACUCUGAGGUUUUUCAGGCAUUGCAAGAAUGGAUGGAAUCAGAUAUGGGCAGGCCUUAUAGAUUUCUGUCAGGGAACCUUGGCUACAGAACGGGUCCACCCAAUGCUAAUUUCAAUGACAUUUCAUCAAAAUAUGGACAUGAAGAAUUCUUACGCACCCCUAAUUCACAUGCAUCCAGUAAGCUCAAGGACCUUGAACUUGACCGAAUGGAACUCUUGAAGAAGGUGGAGGAAUUGAGAGAUCGGCUCAGUAGAUCAUGCAACCAAAGAGGAAAAGAAAAGGAAAAUCAGAAGCGUUUAUGCUAUAAUAAUGAUCCCCGGUGGGGCCGCCUGCAGUUUUAUGAUACAUGGAAUCGUCCUUGGAUGUACCAGCCAAUGGAAACUAUAUCCCAACAUUGUGGGCCCUCACAAAUGCCUUUCUCUGAGCAGGCCACAAACGGAGGACAUCAUGCUAAUUACUCCUGCUUGAAUUGCCAUCCUGAAGGCCGGCAUUUCUCUACACAGCUCCACCCGACCGUUUGCCAUAACCAAGGCCUAUGUAUGUCUUCUCCUGCUCACAUGUGCUGCUGUGCUUUUAAUCACAGUCCCACCAGUCCACAGUGGCAUAUGGACCAUGAGAUGGUGAAGCAUCACAAAGAAAAGUGUGAGCCAUUGAAGCGUCAUUGCCGGCCCAUUGCAGGUGCUGCCCCUUUCAUAGUAUGCUACAGUUGCUGUAAAUUGCUGCAGCUACCUGCAGAUUUUUUACUAUCAAGAAGGAAACACCAUAAGCUACAGUGUGGUGCCUGUUCUAAGGUGCUUACAUUUUCACUUCUUGACAAUACACAUAUCUUACCUUACAGUCGUUACCAAGUACCACAUCCACCGAGCGAGAUCGAUAGUAGUACUGAUGUUGUGGCAAGGAACAUAAUAUCUACAUCUGAUGCUGAUGACUGUCUUCCAGGGGAUCAGAUUGCUUAUUCUGAUGAUUACGGGCUCUCUAUCUGUAAAAGCUAUUCUACCGGGGGUGACCUCACAUUAUCAGACCCUCCAUUACCCAUCCCUCAAAGCACUCUGAUGGAUCAAAAGCAUGUCUCAAGUGGCUCUUCAAAGCGAACUGAAGAAAGAAAGAAACUAAUCUCUGAACAAUCUGGAAAUGAUUCAGAGAAAGAAAUGACUAAAUCUGUCAGUCCAUCCUCAGAAGGGGACAGAUCUGAGCAAACAUCCUUGGAAGCAAAGGCCACGGCACAAGUGAUGGGUUCACCACUUCAUCGGCUUAUGGGAUAUUCGUCGCCUAGCGAAAUAAUAAAUGGGUCACGGGAUGGAGCUAAAGGAUCCGAAUGUGUAGGUUUUGAAGCUCUGGCUGAUUCUCAAUCCAGUCCUCAAUAUCACACGGAAAUAACUGAGGAAGAUGGAUUGAUGAAUUGGUCAUAUAAUAAAAGAGAUUCAUGUCUUCCAACGUCUGUAAAUAAUAGACUUGAAGAAAUGAAUCAUGGGUUGGAAAGUAUGAAACAGAAAGUAUCUGUGAAUGGAAAAGUCGUCCUGGAUCAAUUGGUUAAAAAAGCCGAGAAGCAAGCAGGCCCUAUCCAAACUGGAAAUUAUUGGUAUGAUUCACGAGCAGGGUUUUGGGGCAUCAUGGACCAGCCUUGUCUUGGGAUAAUUCCUCCAUUUAUCGAAGAGUUCAAUUACCCCAUGAGAAAGGAUUGCGCUGGUGGAAAUACGGGUAUCUUAGUCAAUGGAAGAGAGCUUCAUCAAAAGGACCUUGAUUUGCUUUCUAGCAGGGGCCUUCCAACCACAAAGAACAUGGCAUAUGUUAUUGAAAUUGGGGGGCGAGUUGUUGAUGAGGAAUCAGGAGAAGAGCUGUACAGCCUUGGCAAGCUUGCUCCAACAAUUGAGAGAUUGGGCCAUGGGUUUGGUAUGUGUGUCCCAUCACAUGCCUCCUUGGGUUGAUGAAACUGGCUGAUGUGAUUGACAGUCCUUACUGAAAGAAUCUGUCAGUGUAGAGUGGUAUCCGAAGAAAUAGACUGGCAUAUGGCAUACAUGACCGUUUGAGAGCUUGCUACAAUAUACUACCAAUCUAUCUUAAAGAGAAUACAGGUCUCAGCCUUUCAAUCCGAGGAGGGCAUGCUAUCGAGCUUGUGUGCAUUUAACAUAUGAAGAACACUGUCUGAUGGUAUCAUCUUUAAUUGAUUUUGUUUAUUCCAUUAUUCUUUUUGAAAGUACUAUAGAUUGCUCGGGUGGAAAGUUUGUACUUAUCAUUCAGGUUUUCUAUCUGUAAAAAUGGGGCCCAUGGUUAAGUGAUUGAAACCAUGUGGAUGGCCUAUUUCAGCAAAAAAUAAAAAAUAAAAUAAAAAAAUAAAAAAAAAUCUCUAAGGAAAAUCACAACCCCUUCAAUAGGUGGCCAACAAACAAACAGUUAUGAAAGAAAAAGGCAAGGUUAUAUAUGCAAAAAAAAAAAAAAGAAAAAAAAAAGCCUAAAUAUUCUGGGGGAUCUUGUUGCAUGGAUCAUCAACAGUAAGGCCAAUGAUAUCAAUGUUCUGGAUCCUCAAACCACAGACCCCACGUGUACACAGCAAACCAGAAUGUGCGAAGCAAACCUUGGCUCCAGCAUUUCUUGAUUCCUCAUUCUUUUAUUCCAUAUGUAUUGAAAAACUCAAAGGUUUAGACUUUUCGUUUUUUCUAUGUUUAUAUAAUAUUUUUGUAGAACGAGAUUUUGAGGUUCCUCUUUUUAUUUAGUUUCUGUAAUUUGUUUGUGAAAUCUGAUAUCGAAAUUCGUUUCUAUUUC